AUGCUCUGUAAGAGUCUGUUCGUGUUAUGCAUCCUAUCAUUAAGCCUUAUUGGGAAUCCAGUCAUGGCAUCCGUGCAGGCUCGGAUACCUGAUAAAUUUAUGGGUUCAUUCAAGUUGGAUCGUAGUGAAAACUUCGAUGAAUUUCUCGCUUCCAAAGGUGUUAAUUGGUUCAUAAGGAAAAUGAUCCAGUUUGCAUCACUAACGAAGACAUUCAGUGUAUCAAAAACGGAUCCGGAUAAUGCUUAUGAUGCAGCAAAUUUAUCAUCCAAAAAAAAUACACAUUUCAAUAACUGGAAACUAAACGAAACAUUCACUGCUGAAGGAAUGGACGAUAAGAUGCAUCGGAUAACGUUCAAUUUUGACGACAAGAACGAUACUUUGACGGAAACACACAUACGAACAGACGAUCCGAAUGAUAAGGGUGAAACUUAUUACUAUACUAUCAGUGGAGAUGAAUUAGUCAUGAAAAUCGCAAACGAUCAAGUGACAUGUCAUCGUUAUUUCAAAAAACAAUCCUCAUCGUGA